AUGAACUGCCUCACGGUGCCCGGCGUCCACCCCGGCUCCCCCAGCCGCCCGCGCGGCCAGAUCCAGGUGAUCUUUGGGCCCAUGUUCUCCGGGAAGAGCACGGAGCUCAUGCGGCGCGUGCGGCGCUUCCAGCUCGCCCAGUACCGCUGCCUGCUGGUGAAGUAUGCCAAGGACACGCGCUACGGCACCGCCGGCCUCUCCACGCACGACAGGAGCACCAUGGAGGCGCUCCCCGCCUGUCUCCUCCAGGAUGUCUACCAGGAGGCGCUGGGCUCGGCUGUCAUCGGCAUCGACGAGGGCCAGUUCUUCCCAGACAUCGUGGAGUUCUGCGAGAUGAUGGCCAACACCGGCAAGACCAUCAUCGUCGCGGCUCUUGAUGGGACGUUCCAGAGAAAGGCUUUUGGGAGCAUCCUGAACCUGGUGCCGCUGGCAGAGAGCGUGGUGAAGCUAAACGCUGUGUGCAUGGAGUGCUACCGAGAAGCUUCCUACACGAAAAGGCUGGGAGCAGAGCGGGAGGUGACUUCAUCCUGCUGCCCCCGGGCAGGGACCUCCUUUGGAGAGCCCCCUUGCAGAGCUCAGCUCGCUCGUUCUCCUUGCCAGGUUGAAGUGAUUGGAGGAGCAGACAAGUAUCACUCCGUCUGCCGUACCUGCUACUUUCGAAAGAGGCCUCACCAGCCCAGCUCGGAAAACAAGGAGAACGUGCCCAUGGGGGCGAAGCAGCUGGACACGGCUGCCUCCCGCAAGAUCUUUGCUUCCUGACUGCUGGGGUCCACAUAGGAACAAAGGAGAGGGGGAAACUGAAGGCUGCAGCUUCCAGACUUCAGCUCCAUCUUCCCCUGCUCUUAGCAUAAGUGUCUCAGCCCUCCCUGCCAACCGAACUGCUGCUUCUCUGCCUGGUGGGGGGAGCUG